AUGACUUCUUACUUAGUCACUGGUAGCUCUCGCGGGCUCGGACUUCACUUCGUUGAAGAACUGCUGAAAACCCCUGAAAACUUUGUCAUAGCUUCAGUGCAAAACCCGAGCAAAGCCGCAGAACUCCAAACACUGCUCAGCAAAUAUCCCAAAGAGCGAUCAGCACCCGAAUCGAUCAAAAAUGCCGCAGUCGAGGUCUCGAAGCUACUGCCAGAAGGUCUCGAUGUAUUCGUCAGCAAUGCUGGUGUGAACUUCCAACCCACAGCCAUUUUUGAAGAACUGUCUUGCGUCACUUCUCUGCUCGGAUCCAUCGAGCUUGCCGAGGGUAUGCCAGGUCUCAACGACUCAUACUGCGUCUCCCGAGCAGCACCCAACAUGCUUAUCCGAAAAUGGGGAGGUGCCUUGAGCCAUGAGGGUACUACUACUGCUUUGGUUCAUCCAGGGUGGGUUCCUAUGACCGAGAUUGGCGCUGAGAUCGAAGAAUGGAUGAACAAGUAUGCUCCCAACUUCGCCAGAGUUACUCCCCACAAUUCGGCUGCCGGAUGCGUGAAGAUAUUCGAGACUGUGACCAUCGAGCAGACGAACUCUUUCUGGAAUUAUGACGGAACAAAUCUCCCUUGGUAG